UCGCGGCAACAAGAUGUUGAACGUGGAGGGUCUCGUUUGUUCAUUUUUAUACCGGGAACGUAAAAAGAAGGAAAAAAGUAGACGUUACUGUGUUCAUCCAAUAAACUGUGAACGAUUAAUAAAAAGAAAAUUUCACUUAUUACACGAGAAAUUGUUAGAUCACCCACGUAAGUUUUACGACUAUUAUCGGAUGAGCCCAGCAGCGUUUACACAUCUUUUGGCAUUAAUUGAGCCGUAUAGUAUAAGAAUGGAAGACACAAAAUUAAGACGUGCUAUUUCUCCAGAAGAAAGAUUGAGUGUUACGCUAAGAUACUUAGCCACGGGAUUGAGUUUUUCGGCGCUGUCGUCCGAAUAUUUGAUAGAUUUAUCAACAGUAAUAAGUAUUGUAAGAACAACUUGUGACCAAAUUUGGAAAAUAUUACAACCACUGUAUAUGAAAGAUAAAUCUGAAGAAGAUUGGAUUGAAAUAGCUAAUCGAUUUUAUGAGAGGACAAAGUUUCCGAACGUAAUUGGAGCGUUGGAUGCAAAACAUGUCCGAAUAAAGAAACCCGAAAAUUCCGAUUCUUCGUUCUUCCGUUACAAAAGCUACUUUUCAUGUAUUCUGAUGGCCUGGGCCGAUGCGGAUUACAAUUUCGUUUACGUAGACGUCGGCGCCCAUGAAAAUAGCGAUUCUGAUAUUUUCAAAACGUUCGAUAUGGGAAAACGGCUGGUAGAAAAUUCAUUGAAUGUGCCAAGCGAGAGAAAAUUACCGAAUGACGAUGAAGGGAAAGCUGUGCCCUUUUAUCUAUUAGGGGAUAAAACAAUUGGACUGUCGGAUUCCAUUUUACGACCGUACGAGGGAAAAAAUUUAUCGUACGCGAAAAAAAUAUAUAAUUAUAGGCAUUCGAGAGCCCAUAAAGUGGUCGACUGCACAUUUCGGAUGUUGGUGAACAAAUGGCGGAUACUCCAUCGUCCUUUGGAUCAUCAUAUGGAUUUUUCUGUGGCUGUAAUUCAAGCUUGUUGUCUUUUACAUAAUUAUGUACGCAGCAAAGAUGGGAUUGAUUUCACAGAUACAUUCCACGAAUGUGGGUUAGAUAAAUAUACACGAAACGUAGAAUUACGAGGCAGAAGUCAUGUGAUUACUCGUGAUUAUUUGACAACAUACUUUGUCUCGUCUCGUGGCCCCAUUCCAGAGCAAUACGAUAAUAUUUAAUUUAUUCAGUCCGUGAUACGGUACAUACAUAUAUGUAUAUACCAAGUAUCGUAUUUCGUACCGUGUAAGUUACAUUUCUUUUAACAUUCGUUGCACAAUAAGAUCUCUAUAUCUGUUCUACUAUUUUUAUCUACGUUAUCGCAGACGGUAUUAAAGAAACAGUAAAUAUGAUACAUAGGAAAUAUUUUUUAGAGAUUAAU